AUGGCGGCUCCGGGGGGCAGAAACCUUCCAGACUGGGGGGGCUUCCAGGACGAUGUGCAGACCGGGGGCGGGGCUGCGGUGAUUGACAUGGAGAACAUGGAUGACACAUCGGGCUCCAGCUUUGAGGACAUGGGGGAGAUCCACCAGAGGAUGAAGGAGGACGAGGAGGAGGGGGAAGCAGACGGAGUCCCUGAGGAGGGCGAUGAGGACGGAGCUUUCCUGGGCAUGAAGGGGAUAAAGGGUCAGCUGGGGCGACAAGUGGCCGAUGAGAUGUGGCAGGCGGGGAAGCGGCAGGCCUCCAAGGCCUUUAAUCUUUACGCCAACAUAGACAUCCUGCGCCCAUACUUUGAUGUGGAGCCCAUGCAGGUCCGGAACCGGCUGCUGGAGUCAAUGAUUCCCGUAAAGAUGAUCAACUUCCCACAGAAAAUUGCUGGAGAGCUGUACGGACCCCUCAUGCUGGUGUUUACCAUGGUGGCCAUUCUGCUUCAUGGCAUGAAAUCAUCUGGAACAGUCAUUGUGGAGGGCACACUCAUGGGCACCGCCAUUGGGACUUGCUUCGGAUAUUGGCUUGGAGUUUCAUCCUUCAUUUAUUUUGUUGCCUAUUUGUGUAACUCUCAGAUCACCAUGCUGCAGACCCUCUCUCUGCUGGGUUAUGGCCUCUUCGGACACUGCAUCGUCCUUUUCAUCACCUACAACAUUCAUUUCCACUCUCUCUUCUACAUCUUCUGGUUGGUGAUCGGUGGCCUAUCUACCGUGCGCAUGGUGGCGGUUUUGCUCUCACGCACAGUCGGUCAAACGCAGCGCCUGAUCCUCUGUGGCUUUAUAGCCGCUCUGCACAUGUUGUUCCUCCUCUACCUGCACUUCGCCUAUCACAAGGUGGUGGAAGGUAUCCUGGACACACUGGACGGACAGAACAUGCCACCCCCUUUCCAAAGAGUCGCUCGUGAUUUGUCCUUGGGCACCAACUCGGUUCUGAAUGUGACCCUCCAGGCCUUGCCCGCCGAGUCUGGCUGA